UAAAUGUCAAAACCACAGUCAGAACUCAAAACAAAAUCCCAUUUAUUUUUAAUUACUUGACGUUAUUAAAAAAAUACUGAUUACACAAUAAACAAUAUUUGUAUUUUAAUAAAAGAAACAACUAUCUUUUUGCACCAUCAAAAUGUUGCGCAUAAGACAUGCUUUCAAUUCUAUAAGGAUUAUACAAAGUAGUCGAUUACUAAGCGACAGUACACAAUCUGUGGAUACAACAUAUAUGGAAAUUCCUAUCUACAAUGUUGAUAAGCCACAGUCAUUAGAAAAAAGAAAGGCGAGACUUCACUACCAAUCCCGCAAAAGAGGCAUGCUUGAAAAUGAUCUUCUUUUAAGUACCUUUGCUAAGAAAUACUUAGAUGGGUUCUCGGAGGAACAAACCAUAUUGUAUGACAGGCUUAUCAAUUCACCAAGCAAUGAUUGGGAUAUUUUCUACUGGAUUGUACAAAAGCAGCCAACUCCAAAGGAAUUUGAUAAUGAAAUUAUGGAUUUACUUAAAAAACAUGCUAAGAAUGAAGACCGUAUUGCUUUGUCGCAGCCACCUCUACAUUAGAAAUAUAGACAGCCAUUUAAAAUUCAUAAAUUUACAAUGACCUUCAUAUAGGUUAAAAAUAGGCAUAACCAAACUAUUAAGAACUAUUUAUUUCAAAAGUUUAAGGGACUAGGACAAAUUACAUACAGAUGUUUUAAACUUAUUGUAUAUUUGUGAAAGAAUUAGAUUGUUAUAGUACUUUGUGCUACCCAAUGCUACUAUCCUUUUUCGUUUAAAAUCUAUUUGUGUAAACUAGUUAUUUAUAUUGUGUUCUGGUUUACUUUUUUGUCUGCACUUUUUGUUUUAAUAAUUUUUAUCUGUUCAUCAAUUUAUUAGACAUAUUUUAAUGCCUUAUAAUUUGGUGUUUAAUUUACUAAAAAAUACACGAAAUCUAUCUGAGAAGAAAUAUUGAAAGAGAUAAUGAAAUACAUAUGUAAUACAUUAUUUAUUAACAUGACUUUUAAUAUUGUAUUAUGAUAGUAGACAUAGAUGUAGCGUAAUAGGAAAAUAAAUUCUUGCGUAUCAUAUUCA